AUGUCUUUCAAGAAAGCCGAGAUCUAUCCUCCGAACCCCGUCACUGCUAGGGGUGUCUCUACCAAGCUCAGCUCGAGCAAGGGUAAGAUUGUCUAUACCUCUGGGAGGACUGUCAUCAUCCGUGAUCUCAAGAACCCUAGCCUUACAGCAGUCUAUUCUGGCCAUAUUCAGAAUGCAACCGUAGCUCGUAUAUCUCCCUCUGGAUACUACUGCGCCUCUGCCGAUAUCACUGGCAAGGUGAACGUCUGGGAUACCGUUGGAGAAGAUCAGGUGCUGAAGGGGGAAUACAAAGUGAUUUCUGGCCGGGUAAACGACCUCGCUUGGGACGGUGAAAGCAAACGAAUCAUUGCAGUUGGAGACGGGAAGGAAAAGUUUGGGCAUGCUUUCAUGAUGGAUACUGGCUCAGCCACUGGGGAGAUCCUGGGGCACUCAAAGGUUAUCAAUGCCGUCUCUAUCAGGCACCAGCGACCGUUCAGAGCAGCUACUGCUGGUGAUGACAACCUAAUCGUCUUCCAUUCUGGUGCUCCCUACAAAUAUGAGAAGACGAUUAAAACGCACACGAAGUUUGUUCAAGAUGUCCAGUAUGCUGCCUCUGGAGAUCAGUUCGCCAGCGUUGGCUCCGAUGCGAAGAUAUUCCUCUACGACGGCAAGACAGGCGAUACUAUUGCGGAAAUUACGGAUAGCCCACAUAAGGGUAGCAUCACAGCUUGUUCGUGGAGCCCUGAUGGCAAAUCUCUUUUCACGUCUUCUGCUGAUCGCACGGUUAAGCUUUGGGACGCACAGACGCAGAAGGCAGUGACGACCUGGACCGUCGGUUCCGGAGUCGACCACCAACAAGUUGGUAGUACUUGGGUUGGAGAAACCGAUCUUGUGUCGUUGUCGAUGUCGGGGGAUCUCAACCUCUUCGACCCUAGAACAGGCGACAACCCUGUUCGCGUCUUCAGCGCUCCCCAAAGGUCAAUCAACGCCAUCGCCCCGACGUCUUCAACUACUUUCUUGACUGGGACAGCGGAUGGUCGAGUCUACUCUUACUCUACUGAGACUACAGAGACUACGGUGCUAGAAGGCGAAGCACACUCGAAUAACGUCUCUGGUCUCGCAACUUCCGGCACAGACGGUACAGUCUACUCAAUUGGUUUUGACGACCGCGUGAGAGAAAUACAGGCCGACGGUUCGAGCUUCUUACCUGCGUCGGUACCUACUUCGUCGCAGCCCAAGAACAUCACAGUGGCCGGCGAUUCGACAGUUUUUGUUGCUGAGAUCGGUGUUGUCGAAGCUUUCCGUUCCAACCAGAAGGUCUUUGAACUGAAGCCUUCGUACCAGCCGAGCGCUGCGGGUGCCCUCGGUACCCUUGUUGCCAUUGGUGGAGAGGAUAGGAAAGUUCGCUUGAACGAAUGGGAUGGCAAGGCCCUGAAAGAGGUUGCGGUACUAGAAGGAAAUCAAGGUGUCGUGUCGGUCCUUGCGUUCUCGCCAGAUGGCAAAUAUCUUGCUGCCGGAGAUUCGUCAGGAAAGCUUAUCCUUUUCGAUGCGAAGGAGCGAAAGCUCCUUACCUCGCGUUGGGCACAUCAUUCAGCACGAAUUAACUCCCUCUCGUGGACUGCCGACUCGGCUCAUUGCGCGUCAGGAUCACUGGACACGCAUGUGUACGUCUGGAGUGUGGCAAAGCUGAUGAAGAAUAUUCCUAUCAGGAAUGCCGGUCCUGGAGGCAUAAAUGGAGUACUUUGGUUGGACGGCGGGAAGGGCGGCAAGCUGGUCUCGACCGGUUUCGAUGGUGUUGUACGGGCAUGGCAAGUUGCAUUCCACGUAUAA